GGAGGGGCUGUAAUUCAGAGGUUUCCGGAGCUGCGGCGGCGUAGAGAGAGAGGGAGAGUCUGGGGUUCCGUCGUCGCAGCGGAGGGAGUGAGCCCGAACCGGAUCCUUGACGAGCAGCUCGGCUCGGCUCUCUCUCUCUCUCCCAUCUGCUAGGAGAGACCCUGAGGCCUGAGGGAGCCCGCGGUCCGCACCCCGGCGCAAGCGCACCCCGGCCUGUCGGGCCUCAGCCCGAGAAACAGUUGGGACCUCUGAUUGCAGCAGGAUGGCCCAAUGGAAUCAGCUACAGCAGCUGGACACACGGUACCUGGAGCAGCUUCAUCAGCUGUACAGUGACAGCUUCCCGAUGGAGCUGCGGCAGUUUCUGGCCCCUUGGAUCGAGAGUCAAGAUUGGGCUUAUGCGGCCAGCAAAGAAUCACAUGCCACUUUGGUGUUUCAUAAUCUCUUGGGUGAGAUUGACCAACAGUACAGCCGCUUCCUACAAGAAUCAAAUGUUCUCUAUCAGCACAAUCUGCGAAGAAUCAAGCAAUUCCUUCAGAGCAGGUAUCUUGAGAAGCCGAUGGAGAUUGCCCGAAUUGUGGCCCGGUGCCUGUGGGAAGAGUCCCGCCUCCUCCAGACCGCAGCCACUGCAGCCCAGCAAGGGGGCCAGGCCAACCACCCCACAGCUGCCGUGGUGACAGAGAAGCAGCAGAUGCUGGAGCAGCACCUGCAGGACGUUCGGAAGCGAGUGCAGGAUCUAGAACAGAAAAUGAAAGUGGUAGAGAACCUCCAGGAUGACUUUGAUUUCAACUAUAAAACCCUCAAGAGUCAAGGAGACAUGCAAGAUCUGAAUGGAAACAACCAGUCGGUGACCAGGCAGAAGAUGCAGCAGCUAGAACAGAUGCUAACCGCACUGGACCAGAUGCGGCGAAGCAUUGUGAGUGAGCUGGCGGGGCUUUUGUCGGCUAUGGAGUACGUGCAGAAAACUCUCACGGACGAGGAGCUGGCUGACUGGAAGAGGCGGCAACAGAUUGCGUGCAUUGGAGGCCCUCCCAACAUCUGCCUAGAUCGUCUAGAAAACUGGAUAACCUCAUUAGCAGAAUCUCAACUUCAGACCCGCCAACAAAUUAAGAAACUGGAGGAAUUACAGCAAAAAGUUUCCUACAAAGGGGACCCUAUUGUACAGCACCGGCCAAUGCUGGAGGAGAGAAUUGUGGAGCUCUUUAGAAACUUAAUGAAAAGUGCCUUUGUGGUUGAGCGACAGCCCUGCAUGCCCAUGCAUCCCGACCGGCCCCUAGUCAUCAAGACCGGCGUCCAGUUUACUACGAAAGUCAGAUUGCUGGUCAAAUUCCCUGAGUUAAAUUAUCAGCUCAAAAUUAAAGUGUGCAUUGACAAAGACUCCGGAGAUGUAGCAGCUCUCAGAGGAUCCCGGAAAUUUAACAUUCUGGGCACAAACACGAAAGUCAUGAACAUGGAAGAAUCCAACAACGGCAGCCUAUCCGCAGAAUUCAAACACUUGACCCUGAGAGAGCAAAGAUGUGGUAACGGGGGCCGCGCCAACUGUGACGCCUCCCUGAUUGUGACUGAGGAGCUGCACCUGAUCACCUUUGAGACUGAGGUGUAUCACCAAGGCCUCAAGAUUGACCUAGAGACCCACUCCUUGCCAGUGGUGGUGAUCUCCAACAUCUGUCAGAUGCCGAACGCCUGGGCGUCCAUCCUGUGGUACAACAUGCUGACCAACAACCCCAAGAAUGUGAACUUUUUCACGAAGCCCCCGAUUGGAACCUGGGACCAGGUGGCCGAGGUGCUAAGCUGGCAGUUCUCUUCCACCACGAAGCGAGGGUUGAGCAUUGAGCAGUUGACCACGCUGGCAGAGAAACUCCUAGGACCUGGUGUGAACUAUUCAGGGUGUCAGAUCACAUGGGCUAAGUUUUGCAAAGAAAACAUGGCUGGCAAGGGCUUCUCUUUCUGGGUCUGGCUGGACAAUAUCAUUGACCUUGUGAAAAAGUACAUUCUGGCUCUUUGGAAUGAAGGGUACAUAAUGGGCUUUAUCAGCAAGGAACGGGAGAGGGCCAUCUUGAGCACCAAGCCCCCAGGCACCUUCCUGCUAAGAUUUAGUGAAAGCAGCAAAGAAGGAGGCGUCACGUUCACUUGGGUAGAGAAGGACAUCAGCGGUAAGACCCAGAUCCAGUCCGUGGAACCGUACACCAAGCAGCAGCUGAACAACAUGUCGUUCGCGGAGAUCAUCAUGGGAUAUAAGAUCAUGGAUGCCACCAACAUCCUGGUGUCUCCUCUGGUCUAUCUCUACCCGGACAUUCCUAAGGAGGAGGCGUUCGGAAAAUAUUGUCGGCCAGAGAGCCAAGAGCAUCCUGAGGCUGACCCAGGUAGUGCUGCCCCCUACCUGAAGACCAAGUUUAUCUGUGUGACACCAACGACCUGCAGUAACACCAUUGACCUGCCGAUGUCCCCCCGCACUUUAGAUUCAUUGAUGCAGUUUGGAAAUAAUGGUGAAGGUGCUGAACCCUCAGCAGGAGGGCAGUUUGAGUCCCUCACAUUCGACAUGGAGCUGACCUCAGAGUGCGCCACCUCCCCCAUGUGAGGCGCCGAGGACCGAAGCUGCAGGGAGAGAUGAGAGAGGCACCUACCUGUUCUCCACCCCUAAGCAGCCAAACCCCAGAGCAUCUAAACUCCUAACUUUGUGGUUCCAGAUUUGUUUUAAUCUCCUACUUCUGCUAUCUUUGAGCAAUCUGGGCACUUUUUUCAAAUAGAGAAAUGAAUGAAUGUGGGUGAUGUGCUUUUAUCUAAAUGCAAAUAAGAAAGAGACUGUGAUCAGGGGAUGUGGAAGGGGCGGCAAGAGGGAGAAAAAGGAAAUGCCUUGUUUUUCUUUGCUCCCCUGCCCUCCUUUCUCAGCAGCUUGUUGUUAGACAAGUGCCUCCUGGUGCCAGCGGCCGCCCUCCGCCCGUUCCGUAAGCGAGUGCCACAGGCUGCCUCUAGCUGCGAACCCUGGCAUUGCACUUUCAAUCUUGCUAGUGUCCACAUAAAAGAUAGGACUGUCAAAGCCCCAGGUUUCUUUUUAAAUUUAAAUAAAUAAAUAAUUAAAGGGCAAAACACUGUAUCAGCAUAGCCUUUUCUGUAUUUAAGAAAAUUCAGCCAAUAGCCUCCUUGGUGCUUCAGGCAUUCAGCUUUCUUCAGGCUGAUACUUUAUAUAAACCCUGAAAUGGGCUUCGGAUCCAACCCUGAAAAGACGUCUGGAGCUAUGGCUUGGCCUUUGGUUUUGCAAUAGGAAGGUUGAAGGAGAACCUAAACAUUCUAGACUUUUAUAUAUAUACAUAGAUAUAGAUAUAUAUAUCUAGAUAUAUCUAUAUCUAUGUGUAUAUAUAUAUAUAUAUAUAAACAGAGUUUUUAUUUUUCCCUUUUAUGUGUUGGCCUAUCGGUAGGUAAGGCUGGGCAGAGGGGUGCUUGUAACCUGCCCCUCUCCGCCUGGACUUGCACCCCUGUCUCAGAGCCCGGGUGGUGCUGUGGGUGCCUUACAAGGAACGGGAUGGUUCCCCUUCUUCCCUCCAGUCCGCCUGACCCCUUUUGUGGCGUGGCCCCUUACUGUGUCCAAAGGUCCCCUGCCCUGUUUGCUUUAGGAAUCCUGGUCUCUCAGGACUUCCUGGAAUAAGAGGGAGGAAAUUACAGGUUGAACAUGACUCAGACUGUGGGGCCCCAACCAAGGGUCUGGUUGAACUCAGGGAAUGUGGUUCUUAUCCCAGUUUCUUGGCAAUUGCCCACAGCACCUGGUUUCGCAGGGGCACAGGCUCAGUCCGCCCCUGUGUGAGGGAGCACGCACCCAGCCUCCCCCCAACUCUGGUAACUAUCUCCUAAACUAUCUCCUACCCUCUGGGGCCCUCAGAGGAAGCAGAACAGGUCACAUUUACUGUGUAUUUCAGAACACUUGGGAGCGUGAGAGGCGGUAUUUGAUUUUGGGGUCUCCUCUGGCCCAGAGGCAUGGCUAUAGUGGGUGGUCCAGAACCACUUUGUAUUGUUUGAUCAGUUUCUAUAGCAUGCUGUGUGUUAUACCCAAAUUAGCCAGUUGCUGAAUUGAGGGGAUAAGGACCUUCUCUCCAAAACAAGCAGGGGUUGCCCUUGGCCAUCCUGCCGUCCUGCCUAGAAACAGCUGACAGGCAGUGCAGAGCUCUCCCCUCGCUAGCAGCACUCUCGACUCAUAGAAUGAGAGAAGGUUGGGAUCAGAGGGGCCUGAGGCGAGGAUCCGGGCUUCUCUGGAGCAGGUAUCGUCAAGGUCGGAGCUUUGAGGUAGCAUUUGUAUCGGGGUUUAACUCUGAUUGUAGCAAAGUUCUGAGAGGAGCUGAGACUUGGUUUGGCCGCUUUCUUAAAGAACCAAGUCCUCCAGAACCUGCCCGUUUUCUCUCCAUUGUCUGCCCCACCCAACCCCAGCCCCACCAAGGGGUUCCCAUCGAUCGCUUAACCUACUUACACAGUGGUUUGUAAGCUGCUGUCUUGGCCACUGCAUCCAAUUCCAAUGUAUACUUCAUAGUGUAAAAAUUUAUAUUAUUGUGGGUUUGUUGUUUUUUGUUUUGUUUUGUUUUUUUUUUUUUUGUAUAUUGCUGUAUCUACUUUAACUUCCGAAAAUAAAAAUAUAUAGGC